UUAAAAUCUUCCAAAGCCCUAAAACCCCCAAAAUUCAUACUGCAAAAAUAAACUUGGCAGGUUUCCCGGCUGUCGCCGCCAUCUCCCCAGCUUGUAGCUCGCCGGUGUCACUAAGAUGAGAUUGAAAAAGCAAAGGCGUCAUCGAAGAAGCGUUAGAUUUUACACAACAUGUUACGGUUUUAGACCCCCUUUUAAGGUCUUAUGUGACGGCACUUUUAUUCACCAUCUUCUUAUUAAUCAAAUUACACCCGCCGAUACCGCCAUUUCCAACAUCCUAGCUGCCCCCGUUAAGCUCUUCACCACCAGAUGCGUUCGUGAGGAGCUUAAGAGGCUUGGUAAAGACUUCUCUAAUACUUUUAAUGUCGCCCGUGAUCUUGAAACUGCAAGGUGUGAUCAUGAGAAAAUUAAGAGUGGUGCGGCUUGUUUAAGAGAUGUUAUCGGGGAGAAAAAUUCAGAGCAUUUCUUUGUUGCUACCCAAGAUGCUGACUUACGCAAGCAGUUUCAGGAGUUACCUGCUGUGCCUGUACUAUUUGCGUUGCGAAAUGCUUUGUUCCUUGAGUCGCCGUCCAAGUCUCAGCAUGAGUUUGCCAAAGCCUCUGAAGAAGAACGGUUGCACAUGAAUGACUUGGAGAUCAAAUUGCUUGAUAAUAAGAGAAAAAGAAGGUCAGAAAACGAGGAGUCAGGGGAUUCCGAUGAAGCGGGUGAAGGCUUGCCUAAUAAAAUUAUUGAAGAUUUGAAGAGGAAUGCUGCUAAUAGGAAAAUGGAUGUGAAGGAUAAAGUACAAUUCAAGAGAAAACGAGCUAAGGGUCCAAAUCCGCUCUCUUGUAAGAAAAAGAAAAUAGAGAAACCAAAACCGGUUGCCAAAAAGGAUGGUGAUGAGAGUGGUGAAACAGUAAGGAGUAGGAGCAAGAAACGGAAGAGGUCUCGUAAGCAAAAACUUCCAGUUAGUGCAACUGAGUAAACAUUAUUUGAUAGGUAUAAAUGCUAUGGCUUGCAGAGAAUAGGAUCUUGGCAUGAUGGACUUUUAUAGAUUCAUUUAAACCUUCACAAAAUGACCGAGUGUUUCUUUGCUUUAACAUGGAUAUGACAAUUUUGGUGAGAACGACAUAUGAGCGAGGGUCUGUAGAGCUUAGGCUCAAAAUUUUUGUGGUAGCUAUGAACACUCGAUAUAGUCUGUUAGUUUCUUUAUUAUGAUGUUAAACUUGUGAUUCUCCUGUAAUGGAAGUCAGUUCUGUGUAGCAGAUAAUUUUACAAA